AGCGUAGAUAGCACACAAGUAAAUAUGGCGGGAAAAAAAUACAUUGAUAUCCAGGAAGGCAACAAAAUGCCUAUUGUUGGUCUGGGAACCUGGCAAUGUACAAACGAAGAAGAACUUGUAAACGCCCUGGAUGUAGCUCUAGAAAUAGGCUACAGACACAUAGAUACAGCCUAUGCUUAUGGUAACGAGCAAAUAAUUGGUAAAGUACUUAAAAAAUGGUUCGAUUCAGGAAAACUAAAAAGAGAAGAUUUAUUUAUAACAACGAAACUGCCUUUAUUCGCUAUUAAGGCUGAUAAAGUCGAGGAAAUGAUAAAGGCAUCGUUGAAGAGUCUUGAUGUAGAUUAUGUCGACUUGUAUUUAAUACACUUUCCUGUCUAUAUGAAGCUUAAUGAUGGUGAAAUAUUUAGCAGGAGUGAAAAAACGUAUGAGACCGAAGUUACUGAUCACCUAGCUGUUUGGAAGAAAAUGGAAGAACAAGUAAGGGCAGGUCGUACCAAAGCUAUUGGUGUAUCGAAUUUCAAUAUAAGACAGAUAGAUAGAAUCCUGAAAAAUUCUGAAAUAAAGCCAGCAAAUUUACAAGUUGAGCUCCAUGUUCAGCUUCAACAAAGAGAAUUGGUGAAAUUCUGUCAAGAUAAUGGUGUAUCAGUUACUGCUUACUCUCCCUUGGGAUCACCAGGAUAUAAUAAGUUUUUGGAGUCCUUUGGAAAACCGGUCAAACCGAUUCCAGAUUUAAUCAACGACCUAUCCAUCAAGAAGAUCGCGAAAAAACAUGAAAAGACCAACGCGCAAGUUUUGUUAAGAUACACAAUGCAAAGAAAUGUUGCGGUUAUACCAAAAAGCAUCAACCCCAAUAGAUUAAAAGAGAAUUUCGAUGUUUUUGAUUUUUCCCUAGAUGAAGACGAUGUAAAAAUUAUUAAUGAUAUGGAAGUGGGUGAAGCGGCUCGUGUGUGUGACUGCAUGUUAUUUCCUGGUUUGGAGAAAAAUGUUGAGUUUCCUUUUCCGAGAUGAAAAUAGAAAGUUUAAAGGGUCUAAAACAAAAAACAUAUUUUAUAUACAAUGUAUUUUAUGAUUAAAAAUCUUUAUAUCAAUACAUUUAAAUGGUAUAAAUAUCUGUACCAAAUG